CUCUCUUACUGGGGACAUAGUGAUAGAAAUCAUUUAUCCUAAAUAUUUUUUAUAUACUUUUGUGAUUUAUCGCGGUGUUUCUGUAAGCUGGCAUUAUAAAUUCGGAUCAAGUUGGAUUUUGUUCGGCGGGGAAGUUGUCGCCCUCGCUCACCGAGCUGACUGUGGCGUACGGGCGGCGGAAGUGCAGCCCCCCUAGACCGGAAGUGGGGUCUGUGGUAGUGUUGCGAUGGCGUCUGCGGAUCUGAGGAAGGAGCUGGACUGUUCCAUCUGUCUGAACAUCUAUACGGAUCCCGUGACUCUCCGGUGCGGACACAACUUCUGCCGGGUGUGUAUCGACCGCGUGCUGGAUUCCCAGAAAGGGACGGCGCAUUACGCCUGCCCCGAGUGCAGGAAACGGUUCAGGAGUCGUCCGACGCUGCAGAAAAACAUAACGCUGUGCAACAUCGUGGAGAGCUUCCGUUCUUCUCAACCAGAGCGGAAGGAGGCCGGCGUCUCCUGCACUUACUGUAUUCACGCCUCUGUAAAUGCUGUGAAAUCCUGCCUGCUUUGCGAAGCCUCUCUCUGCGACAGCCACCUGAACGUCCACAGCAACUCGCCAGAGCACGUCUUAUCUGACCCCACCGCCUCCCUGGAGAACAGGAAGUGCCCCGUCCAUAAGAAGGUCCUGGUGUACUACUGCACCGAGGACGCCACCAGCAUCUGCGUCUCCUGCUGUCUGAUCGGAGAACACAAAGGGCACCAAAUCGAAUCCCUCGAAGAGGCUGCCGAAAAAAUAAAAAAACAAUUGCAAAACGCUAUUCAGAAGCUGGGGACCAAGCGGGAGAAGGCCGAGAAAAGGGUCCAAAGCCUGCAGGAGCGCAAGAGGAAAGUCCAAGGCAAAGCGUCUGAGGAAACGGAAAGAGUCGCCGCCCUGUUUAGAGACCUCAAGAGACAGUUGGAAGAGCUAGAGAUGAGGGUCCGGGGAGAGAUCUCUGGGCAGGCGGGGCAGGUCUCGCGUUCGGUCUCCGAUUCCAUCCGGCAGCUGGAGGCCAAGAAGGACGAGCUGUCCAGCAAAAUGCGUCGGCUCGAGGAGCUGUGCGACUCGACGGACCCCCUGAUUGUUGUACAGGAAUCGGCCCAAGGUGGUUUGUGUGAUGGAGAGGAGGGAGAUAAAGAAGAUGCAGAGAGACAGAAUAAAUUCCUCCUUGCCGCAGGUGAUCUGGACGUGGCUUCGAUCUCGCACACGCUGCACACAGGUUUAUCAGAUAUAAUGUCGGGAAUCAGCGGGGCAAGCUACGUGCAGGAAAUCGCAGACGUACUAUUGGACGUAAACACGGCAGGGUAUUACCUGCACAUAUCGGACGACCGAAAAACCGUCUCCUGGUCAGACAUAAGCCAGAACCGCCCAGAAACCCCGGAGAGGUUUCAGUACGCUCCCCAAGUGCUCAGCAGCCGGAGCUUCUCCUCGGGGCGCCAUUACUGGGACGCCGAAGUUGGCGGCUCCGACGAAUGGCGAGUGGGGAUGUGUUACCCCAGUAUAGAGAGGAAAGGAAUUAAAAGCCAGUCGGCGAUUGGAAGCAACGACAAAUCCUGGUGUCUGCUCAGGACUGAGGAUCGGUACUUGAUGAUCCACGACGGGAAUCAGAUCCAGUUGGCUGACAGUAACUGCAUUGAGCGGGUCAGGAUAUACCUGGAUUACGAGGCCGGGCAGAUCUCCUUUUAUGAUCUGUGCGACCCGAUCCGACACCUUCACACCUUCACCGCCUCCUUCACCGAGCCCCUGCUUGUUGCAUUACGUGUAUGGGAAGGUUGUGUCAGGAUAUCCGGGGGGAAACAAGAGAUGUGAGACAACGUGUGGAUCUGAUUGGUGGGAUGUUCAGCCAGUAAGAGAAUACAGUGGGUGUAGAAGUGCAUUUAUAUCCGAGAUUUCCCCACCUCCUAUCAAAGAAGCACAGAGAGUGCUGCGCCCAAGCCUAGGAUCGCCCUUCAA